UAAUCGACACAUUUGCAUCCCCAGGUGCAUGCAGCCUCUCUAUUCUACCCCAUCUUUAUUUUUGUUUUCCCCUUAGACUUAGUUUUAGUUCCUCUUUCCCUUCCCAUUAUUUUCCUUCUCUCUCGAUUUCUUUUCCCCUUAUUGCUGGGGGAUACCAAGGGUGACAUGGAUAGACAAGCAAACUUACUUGAUCGACCCCCCCCCCCUUGGCCCCAUUGGAAAUUAUGCCAGUAGUCUUGUCUUGUCUUGGGUUAAGUCGGCAUAUGCAGACUUGCUGUACUCCGCCAACUUUAUCAAUUAUCAAUUCUCCAAUGAACCAGUUUCUAACGUUCUCAACACUGUGUAUAUUAUGCCAGGAUAUUAUGUUGACUGUCAAACAAAUAUCCAACAAACUAUAGUUUCCAACAUUGUGUCAAUGUUAACUGUCCAAUAAACUAUUCCAAUUACGCUGUCCACGUUGUGCCAUUGUCCGUUGUUCAACAACUCUCCAUCAAACUAGUUUCCAACUUUGUCAACGUUGUGCCAUUGUCGACUGUCCAACAAAUCUCCAAGAAAAUAGUUUCCAACGUUGUUCCUUUGUCGGUUGUUCAGCAACUCUCCAUCGAACUAGUUUCCGACGUAGUCAACGCUGUGCCUUUGUUGGCUGUUCAACACCUAUCCAAUCAAACACGCGUUUCCAACGUUGUGACGUUGUUGGCUGUCCAACAAAUCUCCAACACACUAGUUUCCAAUGUUGUGCCAUUGUCUGUUGUUCAACAACUUUCCAACGUUGCCAACGUUGUGUCAUCGUCGACUAUCCUACUGAUCUCCAAUCUACCAGUUUCCAACGUUGUGCCAGUGUCAGUUGUUCAACAACUUUCCAUCUAACUAGUUUCCAGCUUUAUCAACGUUGUGUCAUUGUAUACUAUCUAACUAAUCUCCAAUCUACCAGUUUCCAACGUUGUGCCAUCGUCGACUAUCCAACAAAUCUCCAUCGAACUAGUUUCUAGCUUUGACAACGUUGUGCCAUAGUUGGUUGUUCAUAACAACUUUCCAUCGAACUAGUUUCCAACGUUGCCAACCUUGUGUCAUCGUUGACUAUCCAACUAAUCUCCAACCUACUAAUUUCCAUCGUUGUGCCAUUGUCGACUGUCCAACAACUCUCCAACUAACAAGUUUCCAACGUUGCCAACGUCGUGUCAUUGUUGAUUGUUCAACAACUUUCCAGCGAACUAGUUUCCAACGUUGCCAACGUUGUGUCUUUGCUGGCUGUCAACAACUAUCCAAUCAAACGUGUCUCCAACGUUGUGACAUUGUCGACUGUCCAACAACUCUCCAACUUACUAGUCUCCAACGUUGUGCCAUUGUCGACCGUCCAACAAAUCUCCAACAAACUAGUUUCCAACUUUGUCAACGUUGUGCCAUUGUCGGUUGUUCAACAACUUUCCAGCGAACUAGUUUCCAACGUUGCCAACGUUGUGUCUUUGCUGGCUGUCAACAACUAUCCAAUCAAACGUGUCUCCAACGUUGUGACAUUGUCGACUGUCCAACAACUCUCCAACUUACUAGUUUCCAACGUUGUGCCAUUGUCGACCGUCCAACAAAUCUCCAACAAACUAGUUUCCAACUUUGUCAACGUUGUGCCAUUGUCGGUUGUUCAACAACUUUCCAGCGAACUAGUUUCCAACGUUGCCAACGUUGUGCCUUUGCUGGCUGUUCAACAACUAUCCAAUCAAACGUGUUUCCAACGUUGUGACAUUGUCGACUGUCCAACAACUCUCCGACUAACAAGUUUCCAACGUUGCCAACGUCGUGUCAUUGUUGAUUGUCCAUCAUCUUUCCAUCAAACUAGUUUCCAACGUCGAUUCAACGUUAAUCCAUCAAGUUUUCCCAACGUCCAACGACUUUCAAGUUUCCAACGUGGAGCCAACGUUGGCUUGUUACCUGGGUAUUAUCGUUGAGGGUUGACUCUGGUCUUCUUUUGAAGAUGACGCAUGGCUGGAGGCUGUAUUGUUUAUGUGUUGUCUUCUCCGUGUUUUGUAUUUCUUUCUGUUGUAUCUUCUGUUGACCUUUUGUUUCGUGUUGUGAUUAGUCGUCUUUUGUCCAACUUUAUAGCUUCCAAUUAAGUUCUUGAUGUCUUUACAAAGAGUUUCCGCUUGAGUUUCCGUUCCUUGUAAGUGUUAAGAUCUUUGAACUUUCUCUCGAUCUUGUCUUUAAUAGAGUUCAUUAGUAUGGGCGGCCAAAAGGGCCAAAAUUAACAGUUCGAGAAAUAUAUAUACACUCUUAAAAAUAAACUAAAAUGAAGAAAUAUUAUAUCUAAAAAUAAAGAAAUUUCAGAAAUAAGGACAAACACAAAAACAAGACAAUCUCAAAAAAUAAUAAGUGAUAAAAAAAUACAGAAAUAUCCAUAUAAUUGAACACAAUCACAUAAAUAUAUGUUCAUAUACAGAAAAAGAGAAAGUUUGAGAAACGUAAAGACAUCCACAGAAUUAAAUACAACUUCAGAAAUAUAGACAACCGCAGAAAUAAAGACAACUUGAGGAAAAAUAGACUCCACAGAAAUAAAGACAUUUUCAGAAAUAUAGACAGCCAGAGAAAUAAAGACAACCUCAUAAAUAUAGACAACCUCAGAACUAAAGAAAACUUCAGAGACCUAAAAACUACAACAGAAAUAAAGGCAACUUCGGAAAUAGAGAUAUAUCUGCGGGGAUAUCUGCGGAAAUAUAAGAAAAACGUACCACAUAAUUAAAGAAAACUUCGAAAUUAAAAGAAAUGCAGACAUGAGGACAAACACAGAAUUAAGCAAAGCUUCGGAGAUAAAGAUAACUGCAGAAAUUAGGACAUCUACAGAAUUAAAGAAGGCUGUGUAGAUACAGAUAACCGGAGAUACAAGGACAAACACGGAAUUAUAAAGAAAGCUUUGGAAAUAAUUCUAUCUACGGAGUUAAAGAAAACGGCAAAAAUAAGGUCAAAAACUCAAACAAACUGACAAUAAAAGGACAAGAGAGGGCGUGCAGAUACAGAUAACCGGAGAAACAAUACAACCACGGAAUCGUAAACUGAAAGCUUCAGAAAUAAGGACAACUACGGAGUUAGAGAAAACAGCAGAAAUAAGGUCAAAAACUCAAACAAACUGACAAUAAAAGGACAAGAGAGGGCGUGAAUAAAAGCAGCACUUCUGAUCGUCGAUCACGCCGUCGCGUCCUGCGCCAGCAACCCUGCACUAGUCAGCACUGGUGCUACUGCUAUCACGCCCCGCUGACCGCUGCCGGUUCCGCCUAGCUAGCCUAGCCUGUUCGACCGUUCGCGUUACACUUGCUGCUACAAAUCUUCCUCGAGCUAAUAUGGAGUUACGAAUCAACGAUAAUAUAAGAAUACGUGUUGCGGCACUUAUAUCGUAUGUAGAAGCUGAUGCAGGCAGCAUUUGUUUCGAUUCCAUUCAGUACAAACUCGAUAGCCUUUUCAAAGAUGUAUUGGAAUAUCGUGACUACAUGAUAAAUUUUGAUGGCGUGUCAUCGGCAUUGCUCCGUUCCAAACAAAUCUUUGACAAGGCUGUGGAUGCAGCUGUUGAUAGACCAGAUGCAAGGUCCAUGUAUCAACCUGAAACAACUUCAGCUGAAGGUGGUGUAGGGAGGCCUAAAUUCCUGAUAUCAGCGGAUCAACUCCGUUUCUUUGCAGGAGACUUGCACUGUAAUGUGAAAGACAUUUCCAAAUGUUUUAACGUCAGUGAAAGGACCAUAAAAAGGCGUCUCCAGGAACAUGGCAUCUCCUUGAGGAGUCUAUAUAGUCGAAUUGAUGAUAAUGAACUAGAUGAGAAGGUUGAAUUCAUCUUGCAGAAUAUGCCUAUGGCAGGAUACAAAACUGUUGAUGGAUAUCUCAUAUCCCAACAUGUGAGAGUACAAAGACAAAGGAUUCGAGAUAGUCUGCAUAGAUUAGAUCCACAGAGGCAAGAAUUAAGAUCCUUAACUGCUGUACGUCGUAGACAUUACUCUGUUCAAUCACCAUUAUCUCUUUGGCAUAUAGAUGGUCACCAUAAACUGAUAAGAUGGCGAUUUGUAACUCAUGGUGCUGUGGAUGGCUAUAGUCGUGCCAUUGUGUAUCUUCGCAGCUCAGUGAACAACAGAGCUUCUACUGUGUUACAGCUCUUCAGAGACGCAGUUGUGAAGUGGGGAUUACCUUCCAGAGUGCGUUCAGAUCAUGGAGGUGAGAACUUUGAGGUGGCCACGUACAUGCUUGAGCACCCACUUCGGGGACCUGGCAGAGGAUCCUUCAUCACUGGGAGAAGUGUCCAUAAUUCCAGAAUUGAGCGCCUUUGGCGGGACCUCCAUGCACAAGUUACAAGUGGGUUUUACAACCUAUUUAGGAGCUUUGAGAACCGGGGUAUCUUAAAUGUUGACAAUGAGCUACAUUUAUAUUGUCUCCAUGUUGUAUUCCUGCCACGAAUCAAUCACUGCCUGCAAUGUUUUGUUGAAAUGUGGAACAAUCAUAAGUUGAGAACAGCUAACAACCGAACGCCAUUACAGAUGAUGGUAUUGGGACUCCACUUCAACAGAGGAAGCACACUCAGCAAUGAGCAUUUUGACAACUUAUGUGAGGAAGAAGCAGCACAUUAUGGCAUUGACCCAGACCUUGGUCACUUCGUAGCAGAAACUGGUGAAGCUGUGCAAAUACCGGAUACGCAAUGCCCUAUUCCACUAUCUGAAGAUCAGAUGAGCUACCUCCAUGAACAGUUGAGAUGUGCGGAUGAAGAGGACUCAAGUGGUGUCUUUAGUGACCGAGCAUACCUUCGAGGUCUUGAUGUUCUUGAAGGCUUUAAUGAGGAUUUCAUAGAGUAAAGUUGUUAGCUCGCUUAGAAUGCCUGUUACAGAAUUCAUGUAAUAUAUUAAAACCCUAUAUAGCCGGGGGAGGGGGGGGGGGGCUAAGUCAGCCUCCACUCGACAUUUUUUUGCGAUAAGUCUGUGACGCAAAAAACUUGCGCCACAAGGUUUCAUGACUAUUUUUUCAAGUCUCAACUUUUGAGACCGAAUUCGCAAUGCCCGGCUACGCGUUUACAAAGGUUACGCAUCAUUUUACCAGUGCAUGUUGGACUAAAAAUUGCUCAGACAUAUGAUUUCGUGUACAAACCCGAUGUAAAUUCUGUUUUUAGCCAAAAUUUACAAAAGUAUAAAUAUUUUUACAUUCACUGGUUAAAAGCCAUUAAAAAUCAAUGCUUUCUUAUGAUCGGAAUCCUAUUAAAAGAACAAUGAAAAACAAAGUAAAAAAAAAGAGAGAAUACAUAGAAAAAAUAAAAACGAUAAAAGACAUAAUAGAAAUUUGAUGUCCCAAUUUUUUUUCAUUUAUACAUUUGAUGAAAAUAAAAAAAAGAGGGUCUAGACAAAAAAAUAAUAUAAUUUUUUGACAAUCAUUCAGGGAUCUGCAGCACAAAAAAUCAUACUUAGGCAUAAAUCAGCAUAAUUAAUUAGUUGAAAAUAAAUUUGAGUACAUUUGGUAAAAUUAAGGAUACAAUCUUGCAGAUUACGUUGAUGGUGAUGCGCUUGCAGAUUUUCGUCGCGAUUUGGCCGAGAUCAGAGGGGGG